AUGGGUGCUGGCAAUAGGGGAUCAUCAUUUGUCACUCUAGGCUGGUUUCUCUUGGGACUUUCUUUGGGUGGAGUGGGGACUGGUUUCUUGUCCUUCUUGUCUCUCCCUUUCCACUCUCAGCCCCCUUUUUCUCCGGAUAAUUCUUUCUUAAGAAUUUUGGAAAUAUGUAGUAAACCAAUUCCUGUGGGAGUUCCUUGUCCUUUUCCAAGAAAUCUAAUUUCUGUGUUGAAUGUUGAAGGUGCUUACAUUUUUCUCCAUAAAAGGGCUGUCGUCCUCAUCAUUUUAAAGUUUUUGUUCCUUUCCUCACAUGUAAAGCUGAAUUUGUUUUAUGUUUCCUUCAUUCAUCAUUUUGGUCAUUUGCAUGUUGGUACUAUUAUCCAAGUGCAUAAUGUACACUUAAAAGAAUAUUCUGAGGUGCCAAAAAUUCAACUUCUUUGCUGCAUGAAAAACUGUAUUUUAAAAUUUUCACUUUCUAAUACUUUGCCUGUGCUUUUGAAUGUCAACCGGGCUCAAGAGAUGGCAUUUUCUCAUUCUACAAAUAUCAACUGGAUACUUGAUGUGAAAAACUGGCUAAUCAGCAAUUCCAGCCUUUUGGGACUCAAGCAGCAAGAACAUAUAGAGAAUAUUUGGAAUUCUUUUCUACAAUCAACUGUGAACGAGAAGACAGAAAUAGCAGUGGCAUCUCAGCGUAAUUUGUUUCAGGAAUUUUUCUCUUCAAAUCACAAAUGUCCUAUUACCAUUGAAAGAAGUGAUGCUCAUGUUGAACAGUCUUUUCCUUCACUUGUAUGUCCUUCAAAUUUGUUGGAAGAUUUUUCAAGUUUGAUACUACAGCUGAAGCAACAAUACAUGACUACAAAUAUAGAAGAAAACUUUUGGGAACUACUUGUAAAAAUGACCCAAAACACAAAAAUGCUUAUUGGUUAUGUGGGUGUAUCUUCUGUUACUGGGCGCCUAUGUAAUGCUUUUCAACUGCCUGCAAAAGAUGUCUUCAGAUAUGUGACCAAAUUCCCAAAAUCUGAAGACUUACAGUAUACAACUUUAAACCUGGAAAAAAUUUGUGAGAAAGAGAAUAAUACACUUGAUAGCAAACUUUACAAGAGAGUGGUAUUGAUGUUUGAAAAUACACUUGCUCAAUGGUAUGAUCUUUUACAGAAUGUUGGCAAUUGUUAUAUGUUAGUGGUGAGAGAAAAUAAUCUUGAAGCAUUCACAUCCUUUCACUCAGCAUCUCUUGUUAAAGCACUUCAAAAUUCCAAUAGUAAAUAUCCUGUGCAAAUGCCACAGAAUGCAAUUGUUCAAGAACUAUCGGAUUGGCAUUUAACUACAAUCUAUAAAACACAGUACAUCUCUCUACUGAAUUUAAAGAAGUUAGUUUCCACAAAAAUGUCUUGUCAUAAUUCUCCUGCUUAUUCUGUAUCUGAUAUAAUUUCUCCCAGUCUUUCAGAAAAUAUUGUCAGCUUGCUACCAACAAAAAUUUUGAGUCGAACUCAUCCUGAAAAUAUGUAUGCAACAUAUGGUUCCAGUGACUUUCCUAUAAAUGACUAUGACACAGAACUUGAGUUAUCAACUUUGGGUUGUAACAGUAUAAAAUUAGUUCUUCAAGAUAUCAAAUCACAUGAAGAAUUGGUGCUCUUCAUGAAUCUAGAGAAUACAUCAUACCCCUUGGGACUUCUUGAUGGUGCUGUUGUAGAAUUCCAUCUUCUGCAAAGAAUGAUAUCUCAGAAAAAUAAAAUCUACUGCAAGUUCAUUGCCAUUUCCAGUGUUCGUGUUUUGGCAGCAUCACACAAUGGCAAUGCAGAGUCUAGGUUUCACAGUCAUUUCCCUGAUAAGGACAUUGCACUGAACCAGAUGUCUAGAGAAAGUGGCAAAGACGAAUGGGGUAUACUGUCAUUGAUGUUAAGUGACUUUUACUCUGACAGAAAUCAUUUAUGGACACAGGCUUUUGUUGCACAAGUAAACUUACUUACUGUGAAGACAGUAUGCACUAAGUGCAGUUGUCUCAGCUCCUGCCAUAGAUGUUCAAACAAGACCUGUAACAAUACACAAUUCUAUGUGUCUGUUUAUGGGGGUCUUUUACUUGAUGAUGGCACCUCUAUGGUUUGUGCUUGCACUUGGCAGGAGGAAUUACUCCUUCAGAUCCUUGAUUUGUCUAUGACCCAGUGGAAGGAUCUUGUGGAUUUGAUCCAUUCCAAGGGGGGGAAAUUUUGUUUGGAAUCAAAAGGUAAUCGCAUUUUUCCUGAUAUCACAAAUGUGGAAACUAGUGUCCAUCACUUCGUUACUCUGCUUUGUGACAAUCCAUUGGUCAAACGAAAAUGGUGGAUAAAGUUGAAACGAAAGACACCUUUUGCAGCACUGACAUAUGAAAAACGAUUUCCUUGCUGUGAAAUUGGAUUUGUAGUAGGUAAAAUCAAAACCAAAUGUUUACCAUUCCUGCAAGUGGAAAUUCUAUCCAUUCAAGAAGAUCCACCAUUCGACAUUUUAUCAAUUUAA